AUGCAGAAUCUGUUUUCUCUUGGCGACCUCGACGACGCCGACGAUGACGAAGCUUCCUGGUCUCUUCACGAGUACUUUCUUCGCCUCGCGACACAGUGCCCCACGGUUGUGUUUGAUCUCGCUGCGGCCCAACGCGUUAUUAAAACUGACGAAAAGUCGCCUCGCUUUUGGGAAUUCGCGCUCGUGUUCGACCCAACAUUAAUUGUUCAACGCGCCGAGCCGUUGACUUGGAUGUGGCUAGCGGCAUCCGAAUUCUUUGCUCAUCCUUGGACAGGCCCGGCCAUUCUUCCUCCCAUUGUGGAGGAAUUCGAGCGACUAGAAAGAGAGUAA